AUGGCCGAAUCUCGAGGUGAGCGCCCGUCUUUCGACGAGGCCUCUGCUCUCCCUCCUUUCCCUGACGAUGAAGGUCACUUUGACACAAAAUCUACUCACCUACUCGAUGAGGACGAGCAUGGCUCACCUCCGGCUACGAAAAAGCGCCGGACGGACGCCGGCGGCUCCGACGAUGAGAUCUCGAUCGAUCCUCAAUUCCCUGGUUCUGACCAACAUGGCCCCGGUCAUAAAAUCGAAGAGGAGCUGGCGACUGCUCUGGCUGAAGGCAAUGCUAAUGACCUGCCGCCGACCAACGGCUCUCACGAGAGCCUCGGAUCAGAUCCCUUGGCAACUGCUGCAGUCACCCAGGACGGAGCUACCAACUCCAACCCCGAUGUGAACUCAAUGAUCACAGACAUUCUCGACCAUACCGAACGCCAGGAGGAGACUGUCGCCAUGGGCCCCCAGGAAAUCCCUCCUUCUGGGGACUUUCCGGGCGCCAAAGGCUACGCGUUCUUGAACCUCAAGGCCAAUUCUCACCUUAAGAUUCAGAGUUUGCCUAUCUUGGACAAUCUGUCGACCCAAAUCCUUUCUUUCCUGUCCAAGAACAGCUACCAAGAUCUCACUGCGAUGGUCUCUGAACCCGAUUCCGAGAAUGGCCAGGCGUAUGCGACUAUGCGGUCCUUGUUCGAUCAUACCAAGAGAGUCUACACCAUCAAGCGCUCUUUCCUCCAAUCAACCGACCUCGAAAUUACCGAAUCAUCCCAGCUCGAUGUCAUUCGCAAGGCGAACCUCGCCUCUUUCGUCUCAAGCAUCUUUGGCUCUCAGGAAAUCGGGUUCGCAGAGCUGAAUGAGCACUUCUUGGACGUAUUUGUUCCUGAAGGUGGCCGCUUACUGAAAGUUCAGGCUGCUCUGUAUCUGGAGCUGAAGACCCAGGCAUUCAUCGCUGCCAUGAACACCAAGUCGCGUACUCGCACCCAGUUGUUGUAUGAACUGUUCCCGGACGAUAUGGAGCAGCGGCUGCUAGCAAGACGUCCUGGCACUCGGCAGCUGGCGCCCAGUGAAACGGAUUUUGUCAAUCGCCUUACCUCUCGCCGUGACAUUCUCCUCAAUGACAUCAACAAUGAGGAAGCCUUGAAGGCACUUCCAGACAAAUACCACUGGGAAGAUUUCCUUCGUGACUUGAGCUCUUACAUCGCGAAGAAUUUCGAUGCGAUUAACACCCAACAGGGAAAGAAGCCUAUCAAGGGCCGUCAACCCUCCAGCUCUAAUGGCGACGCACAGGAGGCACCAAGCACCACCCACCAGGGACAAUUCCCUGUCAAUCAGCCAGUCGAAGUCCCGGUAGACCGCAACAUGCACGGUGAUCUGGUAGCGCGCGCGGCUCGUGCUGCCCAGAUUGCUCUUCAAGGCCAUGGCCUUCGGCGGUCCCAACAACAAUCGCAGAUGCAACACCAACAACAACAGCCACAACCACCGUCUCAGGCAAGCCCAUCACCUUCUCAGCCUGCCGCUCUGUCUACCCACCAGCAGCCACAACAGCAACAGCAGCAACCGCAACAGCACCAACAACUGACCCAGCCUCAACCUCAACCUCAGUCGCAGCACACUGCUCAGGGUGAUAAUCAGUAUCUUCACGGCUAUGGUGCCGCCCAGCAGUCGGGGCAGCCUCCCCAACAGCAGCAGUACCACCAUAGCCCUACCCCACCCGGGGGAUACCAACAGUCUCCCGGAGGCUUGUCAUUCCAGCAGAGCCCACUGCAGGCCAAUUUCCAGCAGUACAAUCCUAAUGCCGCACAGGCCAUGCAGGCACGUGCCAAUGGGAUGUCGCCAGGUAAUCACGGGUACAUGCCAGGGAUCCCUCACUAUUCCCAAUCUCAGCCAACCCAAGUCUUAUACGAAAGAGCUCGCAUGGCGGCAUCUGCAAAGUCCUCCCCAACUAGCCGAAAGACCGGUUUGCCCAGUCAACGUCGCCCUUGGACCACUGAGGAAGAGAAUGCAUUGAUGGCGGGCUUGGACCGUGUGAAGGGACCCCAUUGGAGUCAGAUUCUAGCCAUGUUCGGUCCGGGAGGAACCAUCAGCGAGGCUUUGAAGGACCGUAAUCAAGUCCAGCUCAAGGACAAAGCUCGCAACCUGAAGCUUUUCUUCCUGAAAAGCGGGAUCGAGGUGCCGUACUAUCUGAAGUUCGUUACUGGUGAGCUCAAAACUCGGGCUCCCGCCCAGGCUGCCAAGCGUGAGGCUCGUGAGCGACAGAAGAAGCAAGGCGAAGAAGACAAGGCCCAUGUUGAGGGCAUCAAGGGCAUGAUGGCCCUAGCUGGGGCCCAUGCAUCCCCAGUUGGGGGCCAUGAGAUGUCCGCUUCACCUAGUUUGCCUCCGGAUGCCAACGCCCAGUCCAUGUUCGACCAGACUGCGGAGCAGAAUCUGAUGCAGACUCUGAGCCAGGAGGUUCACGGCAGUCAAUACCCGCAGCAGCACGGUCAACCCACUCCAGACCAUCACAUUGAUCCUCACAUGCAAUUAGGACAGUAG